AUGGACGACGCCGACCCUCACGUCAAUGGGACAACAACUCCCUCGACGCCCAAGCGGUCCGGCCUCGCUUUGACAGAGUACACCGCCAUGCCCACACCCCCAUCCGAACGAGCAGAUAUUCCUACCUACGAAGUACCUCGAGACUUCCUCCUGCCCACAGGCUAUCCAGACUAUUUGCGACUGAUCCUCACCUCUCGGGUCUAUGACGUUGUCAGCGAAAGCCCUCUCAGCCAUGCCGUCAAUCUCUCCAACCGUCUCGAAUGCAAAGUCCUCCUGAAAAGAGAGGACCUGCUGCCUGUCUUCUCCUUCAAGUUGCGGGGCGCAUAUAACAAAAUGGCCCAUCUUCCGCCAAAGAUUUCAUGGAAAGGCGUGAUUGCGUGCUCGGCUGGGAACCAUGCGCAGGGCGUGGCUUACUCUGCCAGGCACCUGAAGAUCCCUGCAACCAUCGUCAUGCCACAGGGGACGCCGGCCAUUAAACACAUGAACGUGAGUCGCAUGGGCGGGAAUGUGGUGCUACAUGGAGCGGACUUUGACUCGGCCAAAGAACACUGCCAUACCCUGGAGAAACAGUACGGCUUGACCAAUAUUCCGCCAUUUGAUGAUCCAUAUGUCAUUGCAGGACAAGGCACGAUAGGCAUGGAGUUGUUGAGGCAGACAUCCCUGCAAAAGCUCAAGGCUAUCUUCUGCUGCGUCGGUGGCGGUGGGUUGAUAGCCGGUAUUGGGGUGUACGUAAAGAGAAUAGCCCCUCAGGUCAAAAUAAUUGGCGUCGAGGCCUCCGACGCCAAUGCCCUGGUCGAGUCUCUGAAGCUGGGCAAGCGAGUUUUGCUUCGGGAAGUCGGUCUCUUUGCCGACGGUGCCGCUGUGAAGACGGUAGGAGAAGAGACUUUCAGACUUUGUCAAGAAGUGGUGGACGAAGUCAUUGAGGUCAGCACAGACGAGAUAUGUGCUGCAAUCAAGGACGUCUUCGAAGACACAAGAUCGAUCCUGGAGCCAGCGGGAGCUUUGUCACUGGCAGGUCUGAAGAAAUGGGUCGCGCAGAACCCAUCUACGGAUACCAGCCGGGAAUUGGUCGCGGUUGCCAGCGGCGCCAACAUGAAUUUUGAUCGCCUGAGAUUUGUCGCCGAGCGUGCGACUUUGGGCGAACAGAAAGAGGCUCUCCUGACAGUCACUAUUCCAGAACGUCCAGGUUCAUUCGCGCAACUUGUUGAGGCCGUCCUCCCCCAGGCUGUUACAGAAUUUGGGUACAGGUAUUCAAGCGCCGAAAAAGCACAUGUGAUGAUGGGCAUCACAGUCUCUUCAGCCGGCGCAAGGGCGCGGGAACUCGAUUCACUCUUUUCGCGGCUUGCAGCUGAAGGUAUGACAGCCAAAGACCUCUCGGAGGAUGAGCUCGCAAAAUCCCAUCUUCGAUAUCUUGUCGGUGGACGAUCCGGUGUCAAGGACGAGAGAUUAUACAUGUUUGAAUUCCCGGAGCGACCGGGAGCUCUGUUCAAAUUCCUGCGGACAAUGCGACCGGGUCAAAGCAUAACACUCUUCCACUAUCGGAACUACGGUGGUGACGUGGGCAGGAUCCUUGCCGGCAUUCAAUGUCCUGAGCACGAGAGGGAUCAACUGGAGGAUUUCUUGAAGGAUAUCGGAUAUCCAUUUAAGGAGUGCACGGACAACGCCACAUACAAGAUGUUCUUGCGGGAUUAG